AUGGGCGCUACGAUUUCUCGAUUAUGGACUCCUGAGCCAAUCUUGGUGGGCUUUGUUGGUAUUCAAUCGGCGGGUAAAACAGCUAUUGCAUACAAACUCAGUGGGAAUAAGGCACCAGUAAUACCGUCUACCGACACAGUUACUUCCAAUCCGGUCCAGCAGGCAAACCAGCACUUUAAUCUGCUCGAUUAUACGAGCGAGCCCAAAAUAAGACCUGCUUGGAGAAGUUUUAUGACCAGGGUCCACGCUGUCGUAUUUGUUAUCGACAGCGCGGACAGAGGUACUCUAACAGAAGCCAAAACUGAAUUGUCAUACCUGCUGAAAGAAGAAAUGCUGGAUCAUCAGCCGUUUCUCAUUUUCGCCAACAAGCAGGAUAAUCCAAAAGCCAUGAGUGCCGCUGAGCUUACCGAAUUUCUUGACAUUCAACAGUAUCUCGAAAGGGACUUGAAAUGCUACGUACAGGGGUCAAGUGCUGUUACUGGAGAUGGCUUGACCGAGGGUCUUGAAUGGGUGCGACAAGCUGUGAGAGCGCGCCAUAAAUAA